AUGCUUGUUGGUUGCUUGGAACCCACGACCGUUGCUUGUGACCGAGAGAACCGGGCGUGUUGGCGAGGCGUGGAGCAUGGGGAGUCCUCGGGUAUGCAGCGCUCAGCUGAGAACCAUGAACUAGGGUUGUUGUGUUCGGGGCCGUGGGGUCUGGUACAGCUGGGCUGUGUGCUGUGUGAUGGCUUUAUAGCCAUCCCGGUUGCUUUCUCGGACCGAUCCCAUAGUUAUUUCAAUGUAGUGUAUAUAAACGAAUUGAUGUCUGACCCUAUGAUGCUUUACUUUAUAGGAAGAGAAGAGAAACUGAACACUGAUAAUAGAGUAGUGGUUAACAACUUCCAGGCAGAACUAAGCCAACAAAUUGGUACGCUUCGCAACCUGGUGGCCUCAUCAGUGUCUCAGCAAAAUGAGCACCUUCGGAGUGUUGAGAAACUCUGCUAUCUUGGAAAUGAAGAAAAAGGUGACUGCUGCAAGAGCUUUGCAUGUUUCCCACAUGGAGGCAUUCCAAACGUAGUGGGAUUGCACAAAGCUAGCUCCAAUGCUGCCUUAGAUAAAAUUUCAUCUCUGGCUUCAUCAAAUGCACAUUAUAUUGAAGAGGAUCAGUUCUUUUCAUCUGAGGCUAGCAAAGCAGCUUCAAUGUUUGGCGAUCUUCAGAGAAGUCUUGCAAUUCACCAGGGAGAAAUGACUGUUUUUGCGAAGGAAUUAAGACAGAGGUUCCAUGUUAGUAUUGAGCAAACAAAGGACAUUUCUGAUUAUGCCAGUGAAAUUCUGGAUAAGCUUUCAGAAGAGUUUGUGAGGGUUCAGAAUCAUGCUGUGCAAGCUGAUGAAGUUCAAAUGAAGAGCAUUUCUAGCUUCCAGAAGGCUUAUGAGGAGCAAUCGAAGUCUGAUGCUGCGAAGCCUAUUGCUGAUAUGACAAAUCUGGUGCAUAACCAUGUUCGUCGGCAAAAAGAGCUGGUGGACGCAAGGCUUUUUGUUAUCAAAGAAAGCGCUGUUGUAAACAAAACAUUUUUGGAUGGGCAUGUUUCAUCCAUGGAGGGUAUUACAACAGAUGCUAAACGAAAAUGGCAAGCAUUUGCCAUGCAAGUAGAGAAUGAUGCUAAAGACACUGCUGAUUUGUCAGCUGCUAAACAUUGUUGUAUCGAGGAACUCGUACAGCAUUGUAUGUCUACUGCUGAAUCGGCAUUCGAGCACUACAAAAGUACUCAGGAAUCUGCGAAUGAGAUGGGUAGUAAACAUGUUUCAGAUAUGGAAUCACUUAUCAGGAAUACUACUUAUUCAAAUGAGCAGCAUGAUGCUGAGAUUGAUAGUGCCCGCGUUGCAGCUGAGCAAGAUGGCUUGAAGAAAACUGAUGAUACCCUUCAGUACAUUGAUGGAAUGUCAGAACAGGAACAAGGAAUUACAAGGGGAAUCAUGGACUCAGUUAAAGCUCAUGGUAAAAGUCUUGAAACAUUCCAGGAUAAUCAUUCGAGUCAAGCUUCAUCCAUCAAGCAGAGAGCAGAAGAAACAUUCCAACAAAGAUAUAUGGUUCCUCAUCAUAGAUAG